UCUCUCUCUCUCUCUCUCUCUCAUUCCCUUCUUCCCUCCUCUCACUCUUCUCAGUCAGUCCAUCAGUACUCUCUGAGACUGGUCAGUGGAAAAAAAGAAAGAGAGAGGGAGAGAGGUGAAGGAGUGACAGACUGAGAGCAUCCCUCUCUACUCAGGUUCUGCAGUGGAGUUAAGAAAUAUAAAGGAUCUCUUCGGACUCGAGAAGAAGAACCACAGCAGAAAAACGUUCCAGGAUUUUAAGUGAAAACACACACAGACGUCUCCUGAGUUCGGACACAAACUUUACUCAGGAGCCUCCUGGCAUUUUGAGUUUUAAGCAACAAUGCCAGUCCUCUUGCACCUCAUCCUCUUCCUCAUCCCAAGCCCCACCCUGCUUUCCCAUAGUGCAUCUGUUCCCUCUGAGUCCCAGCCAGUCAAAAUGGUGAUAUCAGAGCAGUGUGUUUCUGACCCCAAUGAGGCCCAAGGUCGUGAGGUUGACCUGACCCCCGGUUCUCCUCUGGUUCUGACCCAUCGGAUUCGUUUGGUUCCUGGUCCUGCUUCCGGAUCGUGCUGCCAGGCCGAAUUCGGGGCUCUCCGUGAGCGAAUCGAGGCACUCGAGAGGGAAGUUUCAGAGCUCAGGGAGAAAUGUGGAGGUCUGGAUGGAGGAUGCUGCACUUCACAGCAAAGUAAAGGAGUGGGCUGCAGCACAGAUCAGUGUUUGAAUGACUGCAGUGACCAGGGCAGCUGCGUGGAUGGGAAGUGUGUGUGUUUCCCUGGAUUUAGUGGACCUGACUGCAGCAUGUCCGACUGCCCCGGAGACUGCAGCAACAAGGGGAAGUGUGUAAAUGGCAAGUGUGUUUGCGAUCCAGGUUUCAGUGGUCCAGACUGCUCAGUUAAAACAUGUCCCAAAAAUUGUAGCAACCAUGGCAGGUGUGUGAAUGGAAGGUGUGUGUGCAAUGCAGGGUUCACAGGUCCAGAUUGUUCUGAAAAGUCCUGUCCCGGAAAUUGCAACAACAAAGGAAGAUGUGUGAAUGGGAAGUGUGUGUGUGAUACCGGAUUCACAGGACCAGAUUGUUCUGAAAAAUCCUGCCCUGGAAACUGCAAUAAUAAAGGCAGGUGUGUAGAUGGAAGGUGUGUGUGCAAUGCAGGGUUCACAGGUCCAGAUUGUUCUGAAAGGUCCUGCCCCGGAAAUUGCAACAACAAAGGAAGAUGUGUGAAAGGGAAGUGUGUGUGUGAUACCGGAUUCACAGGUCCAGAUUGUUCCGUAAGGUCCUGCCCCAACAACUGCAGCAACAGAGGCAGAUGUGUAAAUGGACAAUGUGUGUGUGAUGUUGGCUUCACUGGACAAGACUGCUCUACCAAGUCCUGCCCAAAUAACUGCAGCAACAGCGGAAGAUGUGUGAACGGCAAGUGUGUGUGUAAUCCUGGUUUUGCUGAGCCGGACUGCAGUGAGUGUAAAGAAGGAUUGACAGGACCCGACUGCGCAACAGCCCUGAUUGCUGUGUCUCACCUUAGUACCAGAAACAUCACAGAAUCAUCAGUUACACUCUUCUGGACUCCACCUAUAGUGCAGUACAACUCUUACCUUGUAACCUUCACCAGUGAGAAAGAAAGCGAUCAGAAGAUCACAAAGACGGUGGAUGGCAAAAUCAGUGCUUACACUCAGGUGGGCCUGGCUCCUGGGCAGCGGUACACUGUGACCAUCAUUGGGGAGAAGGACGGCAAGAUGGGCGCCACAAGCAUGACAACGUUCCAAACCUUGAUCUCUGGCCCCAAAAAUCUCAGAGUCGUCAAGACAAGCACAACAUCUGUCAUCGUCCAAUGGGAGGAAGCACAGGGAGAAAUUGACAGAUACAUCCUCUCCAUUUCACCAAAUCAGACAGAUGGGUCUGGCAAAGGAAGGCAAGAGAUAAGGCUGCCUCCUGGGAGAGACUCCGCCCAGAUUGAUAGCCUGGAGCCUGGUCGUUUGUAUGACAUUUCUCUGGUUGCAGUAAAAGAUGGCACGCAGAGCCUGCCGGCAACCGUGCAAGCAACUCCUGACAGGCUGGUGGGUUUUUCUGAUGGGGUCAGGCCAUUAGAUGGAAAAGGACCAAAGUUGCAGGACAGAAGAUUUGAAGAAUACCCAAUUAAGGAAGGACACGAGAAAAAUCAAGUAGUUCAUCAGCAAGAGGAAGGGGCUCUAGAAAUGGCAACAUUUUCAGAGCAACCUAAAAGGAUGAGCAAAAAAGAAAUGGAAGCCAGGACCACCCCAUCACCCUCUCUUCCUUUAGCAACAACUCUGGUCCAACCUUUUCUGGUGCCAUCUAAAACACAGGACCAACAGACGAACAGGAGACUGACAACAUCAAGAGACAGGCAUGACUCUAAAACGUCUCUCCAGUUGCCUCCAUCAUUCAAAUAUAGAUAUUCAGGUAGGCCAAAAUUAUCUGGUUCAUCAACAUUAAGAGCAGACAGGACAAAUAACAGACAACCUACUGCAUCCAUUUCCUCCACAAGUUCUUCUCAAAUGCCAGAAUACACAAAUCCUGUUGGAAAUGUAUCCUCUCUUCAAACAUCUUACCCACUAGGAAUAGAAAAAGAAACCUUAAAGAGGAAGACAACAGCCUCCCAAAAAUCACAACCUGAUAAUCAAGGCUUACUGACUGAAUCUAUCCAAGGAUUCGACAGGGAUUCUUCAGUAGCCAACUUACCAGAAGGCAUCAAAGAUACAGAGAACAGAGCUAAUGGAGACCAUUUUCCAAAACACAAAGAGACAAUAAAUAAGACUCUACCACUUUACCAUCGCACAUCACAUAAGGGUACAUUCCCACAUCGACCUAAUAUUGGUCCAUUUCAAAACCGGACCAGCCCCUCUAAGCACCCCUACAGGAGUCCCCUACGCAGACCCCUUGUGCACAGAGUUAACAGCACUGCUAGGUUCAAGGUGGAACCUGGAAUCAUAAACAGCAGGCAAAGUGUCCUAAACCCCAACCAUACCCGGGUAUUUACCUGGAAAAACAGAACAGUCAUCAGAUUUCCACCAAAAAAUCCUAAUGAAAUAAAACCAAACCUUAAAAAUGACAAAGGCUCCAAAGUUUAUGUUACAGUAGAAAAAACUGCAAGCCAAGAACCAAACAUUUUAUUUUCAGAAGAUGAUGAUGCAGAUCCUAUAUUGAAUAUCUCCUCAUCAACAGACAAUUCUCCAUCCAAAGAAGAAGAUACAAUAAAGCCUGUUAGUAAAGGUUCAGAGAACACCAUUGAUCACAUCUUGCCCAGAGUCACAAACCGAGACAACACUACUUGGCAAAACGUUCCCCACCAUCAAAGGGUACCUGGGGUCUUCAGAGGUAGGCAAAAUGUUUCAAGUCUGAAGAUUAGACCAACAUUUAUACAGAAAAAGAAAAAUAACACAGUCAUCAGACUUCCAUCAAACCUUCAAACUGAAGUAAAUGUAAACUCGACCACCAUUUACAGUCCUCUGAAAGAUAACAAAUAUGAAACAAGGCACAAACAUCCUGAAGAUGCAAGCAAGGAAUCUCGAAUUGGCCUGCCAAUAGACACUGACAUAAACAUAUUCACUAAAAUCACUGCAUCAACAGAGAAACCUCCACCCGGAACUAAUGAGACAUUACAAACUAUUAAUGAAGGUUCAAAAAACACUAUUGAUCACACAAACAAAGAACACAAUCUGCACAGACUCACAAUCAGAUACCAAAAUCUGUCAAGAGUCACAAAUAAAGACCACAACCUACCCAGGCUCCCACUCAGAGACCAUGAGAUAUCAAAGAUCGCAACCAGAGAACAUACACUGCCCAGGGGCAAAAAUGGUGACAACGCCACUAUGCAAAUGCUUAUUGAUAAAAAUGUUGGAUCUGAAAUCAUAAGCCACAGGGGAAAUGUCCCAAAUCCAAAUCUUAGGUCAAAAUUUACACUAAGAAGAAAAAAUGGUACCCUAGUGAGAAUUCAACCAAAACUUCAUUCCCAAAUCAAACCAAACUCUACCAUCAUUCACCGUAGGCUGAAAGAAGCAGACACUAAAGUUGUUGAAGAUGGAAAAAAAACAGGUACUCUCACAACAGACAGACAUACAGCUGAGAGGAAUUAUGAACUGCAAGCUGCUGCUGUUGAUUCAGAAGCUGCUAAUGAUAACAUUCUGCCCAGUAUAACAAACAGAGAACAGGACUUGUCCAGAAUCACAAACAGAGACCAGCACAUGUCCAGGGUCACAGAGGACCAGGAUCUGCCCAGCAACAUGAACAGAGAUGACAGCACUACUAUGACACAAGUUAUCGAACAGAAUGUGCCACCUGAGACCUUCAGUAAUGAGGAAAAUGUUCCAAAUCAAAGGCUUAGACCAACAUUUAUACUAAGCAACAGUGGCAGAUAUCAACCAAAACCUCAUGACCAAAUAAAACAAAACUCCACCACUAUUCAGAGUGGGCUGACAGAUACAGACCCCAGAGCUGAGAAAGUCUCUAAAGAAACUACAGAAUUUACUGAUCCAGCUGUUGAUGUGGAGUCAGAAGGUGACACACCCAGAAUCACAAACAGGGAAUUCAACAAUAAUGGUCAAAAUGCUCCAACUCGCAAUCUUACAGCAACAAUGAGAAGGAACAAUGGAACAGUCUUCAGACACAAACCAAAACCUAAAUUAAAGCCAAACCUUCAUGGAGACCCAGUACGAAAUACAGAAAGCAACACUACUAGAGCUAUCAGUUCCAAGAGCACCAUAAAUCGCAACUCUAGACCCAACAUUGCACUGCAAAGGAAAACCGGCACGACCAUCCGACCCUCUCCAAAAGUUCUUCCUCAAAUGAAUCCAAAAUCCACUACAGUUCAUGAUGGCACAGGAGGGAGUAAAAACUCCAGAGAUGAUUGGUCCACAGAGGUUCCUCUUUCAACAGAUAAGGCCACAAGCCGAAGAAAUACCACAUUUCCAUCAGAAGAUAACAUCAGUCAAGUGGGAUUCCAGAAUGUGACCUCAAAGGGAUUUAUCAUAAUUUGGGUGGCACCAGAGGGAAGCUUCAAAAACUUUGUGAUCAAAAUUAUAGAGGAGAUUGAGGAUGGGGUAAAUGAGGGUGAUGGCAACAAACAGGACGAAAGGAAAGAGAGGACAGAAGGAAAUGAAUUAACUGCUAAUGUUAUUGAUGUGAGGAGCAGCAACGAUGGGGUUAGAAAGAAAUUCAUCAAGUUGCUCCCAGGUUCUGCUCGCUCGUACCCUGUCGCAGAUCUCACCUCUCAAACCAAUUACUCUGUGAGCCUUUAUGGAACGAGUCCCGGAUUACGUUCCAAUAUUCACACCUUCAUCAUAACAACAGGUCCCGAGCCUCCUUCACACCUCUCCUUUAGUGACAUCACUGACACGUCACUCACUGUAUCAUGGAGACGUCCAAAAAGUUCUGUGUCUGGAUUUAAGGUCACAUACAUACACACUAAAGAAGGAGAGCCGAUCUCAGUGACGGUGGACUCGUCAAGCUCCACCCUCUCUCUGACCAAGCUUUCCCCCGGAUCCCAGUACGAGGUCAGCGUCAUCUCUGUGCUUGGAUUGGACGAGAGCGACGCAAUCAAGGACAUGGUGAUCACAUUGCCCGAUGCACCCACCGACCUCAGGGCCAUAAACAUCACAGAUAGCAAGGCACUGUUGGUAUGGAGACCUGCCCUGGCAACCGUGGACCAGUACAUCAUAACUUACCGCUCUGAGGAAGCUCCUGGCUCAAAUUUGAGCGUCAGAGUGUCGGGUAACGCGGUGGAACAGCAGCUUCAGACUCUGAAGGCAUCCACCAAGUACAGGAUCACCAUCAUCAGCCAACUCCGUGACCAGAAAAGCUCCAGCACACACACCACCUUUACCACGACCAGCGGCUCUCCUGGAAAAGGGGAGCCACCUCGAGACCUGACAGCCAAACAUGUAACUGCACGUGCUGCAUUAUUGUCAUGGAAACCACCAGCUUCAGCGGUGACGAGCUACAAGCUGACGUAUUUCACUAAGGGUGGAGAGCGCAAGGAAGUAACCCUUAAUCCUGGAGUUGCUGAACAUAAACUGAGAGGGCUGCAUCCCUCGUCCACGUACAUGGCACUCCUGCAGGGUGAGAGAGGCGGAGUCUACACUGCGGCCAUCUCCACUGAGUUCACUACAGGGACUCUGCGCUUCCCGUACCCCUCGGACUGCUCUCAGGAGCUGAUGAAUGGAGAGCUGGUCUCGGGUUUGGUGGAGAUAUUCCCUGGAGGAAGAGACGGACAACCUGUCAUGGUGUACUGUGAUAUGGAGACGGACGGAGGAGGCUGGACGGUCUUCCAGAGACGAAAAGAUGGGAAAACCAACUUCUUCAGAGGCUGGCAGGAGUACAGGAAGGGCUUCGGAGAUCUGGAGGGAGAGUUCUGGAUUGGAAACGACUUCCUCCACAAUCUCACGAAGAUGACUCCCAUGAAUAUGAGAGUGGACCUGAGAUCAGAAAACGAUUCGGCCUAUGCACACUACUCCACGUUCUCAGUGGACACUAUGAAGAAACACUACAUGCUGCGAUUGUCUGGAUAUUCAGGCACAGCAGGUGACUCUCUGAGGUACCACGAUAAGCGGCCAUUCUCCACAUUCGACCGCGACCCUCAGCCCUUCAUCACACGCUGUGCCAUGUCCUACAGAGGGGGCUGGUGGUACAUGAACUGCCACGAGGCUAAUCUCAACGGCCAGUACAACACACACACCAACCAUCAGGGUGUGAUCUGGACCACGUGGAAAGGGAAGGCAUUCUCCAUCCCUUUCACUGAGAUGAAACUCCGCCCCGCCUCCUUCAAAUCACACAGUCAGGGAUGAACAGAGUGAAAGAAGAAGAGAGGAACAACAGACACACAUGUACAGACACACUUCAGUUCACUGACAUGAAAAUUGUGUAACCACAUUUUGAACAUUUUAGACGUGAAGCUACACACACACACACACACACACAUAGAGGAUGUUUAUUCAGUAUAUGAUAUUGUACAGUUUGUGGAUUGUCUGUUUAGCACUUCCUGCUUGUAUCCUGUGUAUUUGUGGUAUGUAUGAAUAUUACGUGCUGUAGCUCUCACCUCGACUGAGUGUGUCAGAGAGAUACCGUCUGUACCCGGCUUGUAUUUAUCUAUUCAGAUGUGUCUCUCGUUUGUGAGUCAAGCGUUCAGAUGAUCGGAUGCUGCACAGACUUUAAUAAACAAAAUGGUAAAAGUAAA